AUGAGUGUGGGAAGAGCUUCAAACAGAGCUCUGCGAACCCACGACAAGGAGAAGCCCUACAAAUGCAACGACUGUGGGAAGAGUUUUAGCUGCAGCACGUAUCUCCUCUACCACCAGCGCAUCCACACCGAGGAGAGACCCUACAAGUGCAGUGAGUGUGGGAUGAGCUUCACCUACAACUCAGGCCUCGUUAAGCAUCAGAGGAUCCACACUGGGGAGCGACCCUAUAAGUGUGAUGAGUGUGGGAAGAGCUACAUCAGCAGCACGUCCCUCACUAGUCACAAGCGCAUUCAUACUGGUGAGCGGCCCUAUAAGUGUGAUCAAUGUGGGAAGAGCUACACCAGCAGCACGUCCCUCAUCAGUCAUAAGCGUAACCACACUGGUGAGAGGCCCUAUAAGUGUGAUGAGUGUGGGAAGAGCUUUAGACAGCGCAUAUCCCUCAUCAGCCACCAGCACAUCCAC